AUGGGUCUCGAGGACGGGCUUUCCGAUGACGUGCGUGUGAUCACCGAGAAGUCGCUACCAGCCGACGCCUCCUCCUUCGGCCUGGGAGCCUUCGCCGGCACAAUGUUCAUCCUCUCCUCCUACCUCGCCGGUCAGUGCUUAGUCUCCCACUACGCGCAUUGCGCAGCUUUCAAUUUCGGCCCUGACCUUGAAUUAUCAACGCUUUUCAUCGACGCAUUCCCGUGCUGUGACUCGCGCAGGGUGGGCGCCCGACUUGACGUGGGUGACGGUGGCGCUGUGCCGGCGGACUACGACGUGGCGGGCGCGGAGGCGUGGUUCCUGGUGGCGUUCUUCCUGUUCAACACGUACAUGCUGGCGGCGGCGUUCACGCUGUCCGUGGUGAACGUGGUGGUGUUCGGCCUGUACGAGCUCACGCUCGUCUGCCUCAUCAUCGGCGACUUCCUCAAGCAACCCGUCGACGGCGGCGCCUCCUGGAUCACCGCCGGCGGCUACAUCGGCGUCUUCACCUCCGUCUCGGCGUGGUACGCGUCGUUCGCGGUGCUCUUCAACGGCAUGGUCGAUCGCGAGAUCAUGUACCUCGGCAAGCCGCUCAUCAACAUCAAGGGCGACUAG